AUGGCUGCUGCGCUUCUCCCCCGAAUGUACUCCCCGACCGUACUAUCUACGGUGUCUUUUCGCCAGUUCACCCAGAAGCUCUUCCCGUCGUUGUCGAUUGCGAUCCCUGGCGUUUCCUUAAACCUCCCCACCAUCGAUGAUAUCUGGGAGUCUGUGCUACGAGCGGUACCUAAGAACAAGGUCUCCCAUUCGAGAAAACGACACAGACAAAUGGCUGGCAAGGCGCUGAAGGAUGUGAACAACUUGUGCAAAUGUCCCGGAUGUGGUCAACCCAAGCGUACACACCGAUUAUGCCAAACCUGCUUAGAAGCCCACAUCACCGACAUCUUUUCCAUUGCGACGACAUCCAAAGCUGUGAUAUCAGGCAGUGGAUCUUCCACGCUUCACGUUCAUGACACAACUGAUCCUUCAUUCCCACUCAAGCAGUCCAUCUCAGAUGCACACAAGUUGGGGUGCCACCACGUGUGCACCUCACGGAAUGGCAACGUCGCAGCGAGUGCUGGGUUUGGCGGCGAGGUGAAAAUUUGGAAAGUCGACAGCGACACUGGCGAAUGGAGUUUGAAUGGCGAGAUUACAGGAUCUGCAUCUAAGCCUGGUGAAGCCUGGGCUAUGGCAUUGAGUGAGAAUGGAUCUUACCUUGCUACUACAACAAAUGAUGGUCGAGUCAACGUUUGGGAUGUUAUGGAUGAGAAGAAGCCCAAGAUUCGUGAGUACGAAACCGGAAGUGCUGGAUCUGGAAGCUUUGGCAUGUCAGUGGACUUAAGCCGGGAUGGGAAAUACACUGCCAGCGGCCACCAGAAUGGAUCUGUCUACAUUUUCAACAAUGAUACGGGAAGAGUCCUGUACUCAUUAUCUGGUCUCGCAAAGCCUGUACGAUCGGUUGCCUUUUCUCCUGGUAACACUCGACUUGCUGCCGCAGGUGACGCUGGAAUCAUCGCACUCUACGACAUGAAACACGGAGAACACGUUGGGAACUUGACUGGACACUCUUCGUGGAUCACAUCACUCGACUGGAGCGAUACAGGAGAGUACCUGCUCAGUGGUUCAAUGGAUGGAAAGGUCAAGGUAUGGUCAAUUGAGCGAAGCGCGUGUGUGGCAACCCACAGUGAGACGGACAAAGCUCUUUGGUCUGUAAAGUGGCUACCGAAGACUGUCAGAAGCGAGAUGUUCUGCACUGCUGGCGCAAACAGGAGCCUUUCAUUCUACCGAGAGGCUACUGGUGGUUGA